AUCGAUGACGCCAGAGCUCUUUACAGUAUUUACACACGUCUGAGUUUAAUGUGUAACCAAGUGGAAUCCGCACACACACACACACACACACACACUCACACACACUCACACACACACUCUCACACACUCUCACACACUCACACAGAGUACAGCGACACAGAGACGGAGUGGAUUCUCACAGCGCAGUCAUGCUCGGUGUUGGUCUGUGUUUCGUCGUCUUGUUCCUGCGCGUCACAUGUGCGGCAGAUGCAGUGUCAGAGAUCUUAUGGGGGAAGACGGUGGUCCUCGAGCGCACGAGCUGCCAGUACUGGCGUCUGAAACAGAAUGAGUCUUUACCGUCUCUGUCCGAGUUCACGGUGUGUGUGAACGUGAAGAGGAGCAUCAACAGCUCGGUGUGGAGCGCCUUCACCUACCUGCACCCCAAACGCAGCCGCGUGGAGCUCGGGUUCGGGGGCCGCGCGCUGCAGCUGCAGGUCCAGCUGUUCGGAACGAGCUGGAUGAUGGAGGACACGCUCACGGUGGGAGACUGGCACUCUGUGUGCAUCGCGUGGUCCUGCUCGACCGGUCAGCUCGUGCUCGUCAUCGACGGCAGGGCUUUAGUGGUGAGGAAGGGAGCGGCGGAACCGGGCCGAGACGGCGGCGCGUGCGGGCUGGCGGGCGGAGGCUCGCUCACGCUCGGGGCUGCGCAUUAUUACGUAGGAGACAACAUGGAGAUAGAGAGCGGCACCAACCUGCAGGGGAGCGUGAGCAUGUUCAGGGUGUGGGGCAGAGCGCGCAGCGUGCACGAGAUCGCCACCAACACCUGCACCGACGGUGACGUCAUCAAGUGGCACGGACACGUGUGGCUCAUGACUCACUGCACACCUGUAACAGACCCUACAGUCAAGUGCGUGUGGUCUCUGUAUGAGCUUAGAGCUCUGCUCCUCAUCCGCAGCUAUAACAAACCCAUCUCAACCGCAUACGAGGCUCGAAACAUCACACAUCACUGGUUGAGAGAGGUGCUUCCUAAGAAUAUUUACCUGCAUGUAGUUGUUGUGUCUCUUGCAAGCAGUUUUGCUCAGGUCUACACAGGAAACCAAAUGGAUACAGUGAGUCAGAUGCACAAUCCUGUAGAAACCCGGUUCGAGCUUUUGGCUCAUCUGACCGUGAUUCCGUGUGAGGAUGUGGGAAAAAUCCAGAAACAGGUCAUGGAGAUCCUAAAACAGGGAUACCUCUCACAUCCAGAUUACGACCUGAUUACAGACGAGAAAUAUAUGCAUGUUUAUCCUACAGACUCUGUUGCAAUUCCUCAUUCAACACCAGACACGCCCCCCACCACCACACCUCUUACAGAGUCCCCGCCCACUGAGGGCACAGACAGUUUCUUUAAAGUGAGUGUGAAAGUGACCAUCAUAGGAUCACAGCAGGAUCCAGAACGCACCCUUCGGACCUGGAUAAAUGAAACUCUCUCUCCUGAAGGAAUGUCUGUGCUGAACUUCAGAUUAACGUCUCCACGGUCAGUGGGUCGAAGUUUGGAGGAGUGCAGCGACAAUUCCUGCGUGUAUUUUUCUUUCAUCUCAGAACAGAGUUGUGACUUUCAGGUGCUGGUGAUGUCGUGUACGAAUGUUGCUGAAACACAGAAACGGAUCCGUCAGCUGUUGAAGAAGCCGUACAACAACGGCGUCGUGAAGCUGCACGCUGCACCGGAACACAUCCACAUCACACACAUAUACACGGCGGCGGACAUCCUAAAGAUAUUCGAGGACAUAAUGAAAGAGAACGAGGUCCUGGAUGAGCAAAGCCUGUGGCUGGUGCUGAACACACUGGAGGUCAUGCUGAAUGUCAGCGUCAUGACCUUUGACCUCGCGCAGGUCAUCAUCAACAUCACAUCGGACAUCCUGAACUCACAGAGCAACCUUCACCCCUUCACUAACUAUAUUCUGAACAUCACAGAGACGGUGGGAAACAGAAUGUCCAAGCUGAAUAACGGCUCUUUCAGCCUGGUGGCUGCAGCGUUAGCUCUGUCUGUGGUCAACGUCGAUACGGACAAUUUCUACAACCUGACAUUUGGAGUCACGGCGAUGAACAAUGACCCAUAUCCAGCGGUGUAUAUUAAUCAGGACCUGGCUGAGGGCACUGUGGCCUUCAUCUCUCUACCUCCAUCUCUCCAUGUCAGUUUUCCCCAAAACUACAACACUAAUCCCCAAAUCCAGUUCCAGUUCUACGGCAUUCCUGCACUCUUUCAGAAUUGUGAGAAAGGGAAGGUGUUGAACACGUAUGUUGUAGCUGCCAGUGUGAUUAACGCAGAGCAGCCCAUCAGAGGGCUGAAGGUUCCAGUCGUCAUCAGGCUGCACCACCUCAACCCCAACACCCUCGGUCGAGAUGUUCAGUGUGUGUACUGGAACUUCAACGAGAAUGGUGGUCUCGGUGGUUGGAGCCCCAGUGGAUGUUGGAAACACAACACGACUCAUGAAUACACAACCUGUAUGUGUGAUCACCUCACACACUUUGGUGUGCUGCUGGAUGUAUCCAGGGCUCCCAUUGAUGAGAAGAAUGAGAAAAUCCUCACCCUCAUCACGUACACAGGAUGUGGAGUGUCAUCUUUCUUCCUUGGUGUGACGGUGGUGACCUACUCACUGCUGGAGAAGUUGAGGCGUGAUUACCCAUCUCAGAUCCUGAUGAACCUCUCCAUCGCUCUGCUCGGCCUCAACCUUGUUUUCCUCGUUAACUCCUGGCUCUCCUCCUUUGGGCUGACCGCCCUCUGCGUCGCCGUGGCAACCACUCAGCACUACUUCCUGUUGGCCUCCUUCACCUGGAUGUUCCUGGAGGCGGUGAACAUGUACUUCGCCCUGGUUAAAGUGUUCAACGCCUACGUGCCUUCCUACAUCCUCAAAUUCUGCUCCAUCGGCUGGGGUGUUCCUCUGCUGAUCUGCUGUUUGGUGUUGGUGGUGAAACCCGACUCGUACGGACUCCUGCCGCUCGAGAACUCAGAAAUGUUCUGCUGGGUGUCGGACAGCGUGGUGUUCUACGUGUGUGUGGUGGGCGUGGUGGGCGUGAUUCUGCUGGUGAACGGUUCCGUGUUCCUCAUGGUUCUGCUGCAGGUGAGGCGGGCGUGUGUGAGCGAGCACAGCGGUGUGAUGAAGGAGCUGCGAGGCGUCACCAGUCUCACUCUGCUGCUCGGACUCACCUGGAGCGCCGCCUUCCUCACCUGGGGCGACGCCAGAGUCCCGCUGCUCUACAUCUUCUCCAUCCUCAACAGCCUGCAAGGUUUCUUUAUUUUUGUGUUUCAAUGUCUGAUGAAGGAAAAUGUGCGUAAACAGUGGAGAGUGCACCUGUGCUUCGGACGCUUCAAACUGCAGGAGUACUCAGCAGAAUGGAGUCACACUCCUCCGAUCAUCAACAAACCCAGACACACUCCGAUGCUGACCUUCCCCACUGUAGCUUCAGUUAGAUCCAAUAAAUCCAACUCAACUCAGAGCUCCUCAGCUUCCUCACACUGCACUGAACACCACUUCUCUGUGAAGAGACCUGACCUGGGUGUGGUGUAUCAGCAGAGCUUCAUCCUGCCUCGAGCGCAGCGAGCACACACUCCACUCCCCGAGGGUGCAGGGUACAGCACACUCUCCCUAAACUGGACCCCGAAAGAGGUUCCUGACAACGACGUUUUCUUCAACUAGCGCUCAUUUCCAGCUUUAUGUUACCGCUGUGUUUUCUGAUUCAUGCAGUGUGUACUGUCCUGAUAUUCAUUUUCUUCACAUCUUAAAAAUGAUAUUGUUUAAACUUAAAUGAGCUAUGUGUUGAGAUUUUACACAAAUCGAAGCAACUCAAUAAAUAUAACUAGCAAUAAUAUGUAAAUUCUGAUUCUAUGUGAUAACGGCUGUCGUUAAUUAUCUGUUACUGUGAAACGUGCUGUAAAUGCUUACUUGUCUUUCCUUUUCUGUCAAUAAACAUCGGCUUUUGCACAGCGUGA